AUGGCAGCAUCCCACAUAACCUCUCCCAACGAGCCGUACCCGCGGCCGGAGCACCUCGCGCAGGCGACGACGUCGCACCGGCAGGGCAACUUCGUGAUCUCGUCGCGGAAGCUGCCGAUCUCGAAGGCGGGGCCGAUCGACGCGAUGGAGAAGGCGCUCGGGAUCCCCGUGCCGGAGAUGAUCUUCGGCGACAACGUGGUGGCGGUGCGGCACGGGCCGACGGGCUGGGGGAUCGAGUUCAGCGCGCGCGACGCGCUCGACGCCGUCGACAAGACGGACCGCCACAUGCUCCAGGUCGCCUACGCCAAGAGCUGGUCCGCGAGCCGCGAGCAGACGAGCGCGGGCAUCAGGGACGUCGUCAAGCCCUAUGAUUGGAGCUAUAGCACGACGUAUAAGGGCACCGUGGUGUCGUCUUCGCCGUUGCUGCCGCUGCCGCCGCCGCCGCCGCCUGGUCCCGGUGCAGCGGAAACUUCAGCAAAGAGCAGUAGUAGUGGGGUAGGCGAUGAUGGGGGUGAGGACACAGCACCAGAAGCAAUCACCGAAGAAGAAAGCGAAAGAAGGAAGAAGCUGCAGUUCCAGCCCAGCAGCAGGCCGAUACCGAUCGAGCUGCUGAAGCGGCGGGACCCGAUCCUGUUCUUCGACGAGGUGAUGCUGUACGAGAGCGAGCUGGAUGACAACGGCAUCAGCGUGCUCAGCGUCAAGGUCCGCGUCCACGAGCACCGCAUGCUGCUGCUGGCCCGCCUCUACAUGCGCCUCGACAACGUCGUCGCCCGCAUCCGCGACACCCGCGUCUACGUCGACUUCGCGCAGGAGGAGGUCACGCGCGAGUAUACCGCCAAGGAGCUCGGCUUUGAGGAGGUUAAGAGGAAACUCCUCAUGACGGGACUGGUGCCCGAUGCCGUUACAGCGGCGUUGCGCGACGCGAAUAAAAUCGCCGAUUUGCUUCCUAUCGUUGAGCAGACGCUAGAGAGUGUCUCGUUAAAGUCGUAAGAUGAAAAUAUUGACCCGAGUUAAAAAAAGAAAAAGAAAAAAAAACAAAGAGAGAGAGAGAGAGAGAGAGCAGAAGUAAGCGGCGGCUCCGUUUCGCUGGAUAAACAGCGGGCAGGGCAGGCGGGAAGGAAGGUAAGUAGAUACCUACCUAGGUAGCAUACUGACGAGGUUUAUGACUGGAUGCAUGAUAUUGGCGUUCUUGAGGCCCGGGUACGAAAAACUCGGCUCUGAAAUCGUGGUUAGACGAUUGCGAUUUUAUGAUUAUAGGCAUACAAGAGAAGGGGAGCGGGAGAAAGAAAGACGAACGUCACAUGUAUAUCAUAGGAUUUGAUGUCGUGGAGAAGUCGGAAUAAACAAAUAAGUCUUGAAGUAUAACACUGUACCUAGGAACUUAUUUGUUGUGUAGGCUCCAUUGGUGUGUUUGCUCCAUUUGCUAUAGACAAUAUAAAACAAAGGGGGCGACGAGUUGACACGUUAGGUACGUGGUCUGAAAGUCUCUCUCUCAACUCUAGUAAUAAAUAGCCCCCCUCCCCUCCCGGAUC